AUGAUCAUUGUCAACAACCCGAACAAUCCGAUGGGGGUGCCCAUUCCACGCGCUGUGCUGGAAGCGAUUGUCCGCUUCGCGAGGGCGCGUGACAUCAUCAUCCUGUCUGACGAGGUGUAUCUUCCCCUGACCCAUGGUGGUAUGUUGGCGCCAGACCCGGACGAGAGCAACUAUGCGGCGGCCUUGACGCUGGACGAGGCAUCCGAGCCCCGUGUUCCGCCGCCGCCGCCCCCAAGCAUCCUGACGCUCGGCUACGACAAGGUGAUCGCGACGGGCUCCAUGUCCAAGGCCUUUGCGCUGGCUGGCCUCCGGCUGGGCUGGGUGGCCUCCCGCGACAGGGCCCUUGUCGACGCCAUUCUGGCCGCGCGUGACUACACCACCAUCAGCGUCUCGCAGCUGGACGACGGCAUCGCACGCUACGCGCUCUCGGACUCGGUGCGCGACUCGCUUCUGCGCCGCAACAAUGACCUGGCGCGGCGCAACAUUCGUCACUUGAACCGGUUCGUGGGGAAGUGGGAGAGCAAGGGCCGCGUGCGGGUUGCGUGGGUGCCGCCGACAGCAGGCACGACGGCGUUUGUGCAGUUUUCCACGGUGGCCCGCGGCGACGACAGCAGCGCAGCUGCGACACCGGUCGACGACAAGCAGUUCUGCCUCGACGUGCUGCACGCAACGCAAGUCCUGAUGGUGCCGGGAUCGCUUUGUUUUGGCCAUGGCAAGGACUUCAAGGGCUAUGUGCGCAUCGGCUAUGUGAGCGAGACGGCCGUGCUGGUCGAGGCGCUGUCAAAGCUGGACCGGUAUCUGGAGAACAACCUGGCGUAG